GGCACAUCUCGUACCGAUAUCAUCAUGCUCGUCAAAGUUAUGGCUCUUUACCUUUUGCAUCUUUUGUGUCUCUUUUUUUUUCAGUAUCCUAAGUCUAUCAACCGCAUAUAGUCCGCCUUGUCAUGUUGAGACGUGAUCAAGUGCUUACCGCUCGUGUAAUAAGGUUCCCGCCCGUCAAUACCAGCGUUCAAUGUAUUCUCAUGCACCGCCAACGAGCUAUAUUGUAUCUCCGACUCCUCUUGGACACUAACACAGUCUCACAGUUUCUCUCAAACUUCUGUAGGAUCCGUUGUAGGCAUGUUGAGACGGGAGAGUUGGACUGUGAUCUUUCAACGAAAGAAAUCUCCUUCAUACGAUUACAAGUUUCCGUCGCUGGAGGAGAUCGAAAAACAGUUUGAGGAUGCGGAGCGUGACAGGUCUAAUGUCUUCGAAUCCUCCCAGCGACAGCUUGAGUUCGAUUUCCUUGAAGCAGAAGCUGCCAGACGGCUGCCUGAGGAACAGAGGGAGCAGGAAUUUGAUCAAUUUCUGUGCCGUGUACGCGACAAGUUCCUAUCUGACGAGAAACUUCGACUUGUGGAAUUCGAAGAAGCUGAGGCCAAGCAGGAACGGGUCUUUCAAUCAAACGAGGUUCGGCGCGGUGGGGUCUUCGAGCAGAAACAAGGAGUUCGCGAGUGGGAUUUCAACAAGUCCCACGAGGAACGUGACAAACAAGCCAAAUGGUUCCUGCAGCUUAUUGAGCAGCUGUUCUCAAAGGGGCAUGCAUAUUGCGAAGAGAUCUACAACCGGAUGGUCGACUCCCUUUCUGCAGAAUUCUUAAACAUGUUGCGCUCCGCUCAAGAAACUUUCAUUUUUGCGCAAACUAAACGCAACAAUGUACUUAAGAAGAUGGUGAAGUCUUCGAAGUCUCGGAUGACCACCUUAGAGUCACAUAGUCCCUUUUCCGAUCGUGGCCGUGCAUUGGUCUCUCCAUCUGAUAAGACGGAAACGUCGCCAAAGCCAACCAUGAUACCUUCACCAUCACGAAGUCCUUCGAUCCUAUAUCGACCAAGUACGAUUGGUUCUGAUGGUCCCUGGAUCCCUGCCGCUCCCACGACCGUUAUACAAACAUCAGCGCGCCCAGCUAGUCCUUCGUCAUCAGCGCUGCGUCCGAUACGCAUUGCUCCUCGACCUGAGGUCGUAAAAAACGAAACGGAUGAUUCGCGCGGAGCUUCCUCAAGCGCAUCACGACGUCGUGCGUUACGAGAUUUAUUGGCUUUCUACUCCGCCUUGCUUCACGAGAAAGAGGAGAAGCGAGCAGUGCUGUUCAAGAGCGCAUUGAACAGUCACGACUCGACGUUCAAAAGGGCUGAGGCACAAAGGGCUUUGACAACGGGCCGACGAGAUAGCCGGUUCAACGAGGCUGAAUUUUCAUUGGAGUCACAGUUCAACUCUAGUCAAGGGGCUUUCCGCGAUCAGUUCGACAGCAGGGAACAAGUACGCAAUGGCGUUGAAGACCACAGAGACCAACUAUUUGAAGACGCUCAGAGCAGGUUUGAACUGAUAUUUGGGCAACAACAGUCUUCGCAUUCCCGGCGCGUAGGAGCUGCUUGCGCAACCGAAAAGCGCUUCGCGGCAUCAUGCAAGUCAAGAGUGAAAAAUCUCUUGCUGGGCAUGGAGCAAAUGGUUCGGGACAUUCGAGAGAAACACAGAAGAUUAUUCACAGAAGCAUGUAGUGGAUAUCAAGGAGAACCUGCGCCGCAACACACCAUUCCUGAACUUGUGUCAUCACCUCAGAUGAUAGCCCCGGUGUCACAUCACAGUCAUCAAGAUUAUAUCCGGGUGACUACAAGUCACUCUCCCAGUUUUGACAAUCUACGAGCUCCCAAUGUUCAUCUGAUUCAACCUGUCAUGGUCACACCUCCAGACCGAGCUCCUGAUCCAGAGUCCAUGUUUGCUCCUAAGACACUGUUCAAAGCCAAUGGCUGGUCUGCUGGAUUGCCUCUGCCCCAGACUGAAGAUGUUCAAAAGCAACACAUCUACUCUUCAUCAACUAUAGAAGAACACCUCAAAAUGCAUCAAGCUUUCUUUAAGAAGAAAGAAGCAAGAAGACAUAAAGAAGCUGAGCAUGCACUUCAGAGGUGGCAGCAGAUCUUCACUAUCAAUGAAUUGAAGAGACAAGAUGAGUUCAAGACUCAGCAAAAAAGAUGUCAUGAUGCUGUGGUUCAAAGGCAAGUUACACAGCCCUCUCAGUUUUGGACAGAACAGCAGGAGAGAGAGGAAGAAUUUCAGAGGAAUGAAUCUGAGAGGGAAAGGUUAUUCUGGACUCAGGAGGAGAAAAGAGUCUCAGAUUUCAAGAGUUCUCAAGAAUCCAGAGAUACACAAUUUCACAAGCAACAGGAGUCCUUGCUAACUAAAGCCCAACUACAAGAAACUCAGAGGGAAGAUGAUUUUUCUGGAUGGGAGAUCUCUAUGCAGGGAAAAUUCUGGGGAAUGGUCAUGAAGUGGAGAAAUGGAUUUGCUAAUGAUGAGUUGAAGAUGGAGAGGACAUUCAAGAAGAUAGCUCAGUCAGCUGAUGCCUGAGACUGUUGUAGGUCUUUAGCAUAUUGCCUACCACACUAGUAUUGUUCAAUUGAAUAUGCACAAGUUAUCAUUGAACUU